AUGCAUCGUUUAGUUGUGCUGCUCGUCACCUGUGGCAACCUUCUAAUUGAAGGUCACGUAGUCUCCUGGAGCAGCGUUCGUGGCUACUCCAAAGCUGUCGUGGUCAACACGUGGCCUCUGAAGGAGCCCAACGACGCCGCAUGGAGUCAAAUCAACAAGCCGAUGGGGUCAGCGGUCGCAGCCGUUGUCGCUGGCUGCUCAGUGGCUGAGGCGAAUCGAUCGAUAUAUAGUGUGGGCCCUGGGGGUUCACCGGAUGAAAACGGCACCACCACACUCGAUGCCAUGGUGGGCGCGGUAGCGGCAAUGCCGGAGAUAAGGGAGGCCAUUAAGGUGGCCGAAGGAGUGCUCCGAUUCACACGCCACACACUAUUGGCUGGUGAGUCGGCAGCGCGGUUCGCGGAGUCGCUGGGCUUCAAACGCACCAACCUCUCCUCAAACGAGUCCAUCAGGGACUGGAAGGCGUGGAAGGACGGGAACUGUCAGCCCAACUUUCGAAUCCCUUCAGCGUGGAUUCCUGAUCCGAAGAGCCACUGCGGUCCAUACCAUGGAAAGAACAGAAGUCAUGUCGAUAUACUGCAUUAUCGCCCGGAGUUAGGAAUUGAUGAGACGAAUCACGAUACGAUCGGGAUGAUAGCUCUUGACAGACGCGGGAGGUUGGCUGUAGGCCUCUCCACAAACGGAGCUCGUUUUCGCAUACCGGGCAGAGUUGGUGACAGCCCAAUUCCCGGUGCUGGCGGUUAUGCCGACAGUAAAGUUGGUGCUGCUGUCGGUACCGGAGAUGGUGAUGUGAUGAUGCGUUACCUUCUCACAUUUCGGGCAGUAGAGUUAAUGCGAGUCGGUAAAAACGCCACCGAGGCCUGUAGAAUGAGUCUUCGAUCGGUGCGUCAGCGAGGCACGUGGUACGGUGCUCUGGUGGCUGUUCGCGCCGACGGUCAGUACGGUGGUGCUUGUGUGGGCUUCCAGAAUUUCGCCUUCGUCGUGCAAAACGCCAACUCUGCGCGCGGUGGAAAGGUGAUCAAAGUGUGGUGCGUGGAGCCACGUGACCUGCUGAAAUGA